AUGGAUGAGGCUCAGUGUCUGGUGGAGGAGCUGAGGAAAUCCAAGGAAAGGGUCCAAAAGGAGAUUGAGCAGGUGAUUGGCUCACACCACCCACCAGCCCUUGAUGACCGCACCAAGAUGCCUUACACGGAGGCCGUCAUCCAUGAGAUUCAGAGAUUCGCAGACCUCAUUCCCGUUGGUGUGCCUCACAUAGUCACCAAGGACACUUAUUUUCGAGGGUUCAUCAUCCCCAAGAACACUGAAGUGUACCCCAUCCUGAGCUCUGCUCUCCAUGACCCGCAUUACUUUGAAGAACCAGACACCUUCAACCCUGACCGCUUUCUGGAUGCCAACGGGGCACUGAAGAAGAACGAAGCUUUUAUCCCCUUCUCGGCAGGGAAGCGCAUCUGUCUUGGUGAAGGCAUCACUCGCAAUGAACUGUUCUUCUUCUUCACCACCAUCCUCCAGAACUUCUCUAUAGUCAGCCCGGUGGCUCCUGAGGACAUCGACCUCACUCCUAAGGAGAGUGGUGUGGGCAGAGUAGCCCCAACAUACCGGAUCCGCUUCCUUCCUCACUGA